AUGGCCGCGUUGCUUUGGCCAAACCGUGCUGGCCUUUGUAGAAGGUCCAGCAGAGGUUUAUUGUGGACACUGUCAAGGCGACACUCACAUUUACUGACAAAUAAGCUAACAUCCAGUGACAGCGUUAAAAAUGUGCUGUCCGAGUGUGUUCAUGUCAGGAAGAUGCUGUUGUCCAAAUCACAGCGGACUCUUACAAGUCAGCCACAGAAAGUCAUCCAGAGUCUUCUUCAUAGACCUUUGGGUCCUGGCAUGGUGGGAAUCAGCAAAGACUUGAUCAGGAACAACCUGCUAAGAAACCCUGUUGGGUUGGUUAAUCUAUUAGGGACAACAUACUUUUUCAGUACAUCUCAAUCCAAGCAGGAGAAAAAAAAAGAUAAUGAACCUAAGGAACCUCCAGAGGAAGAUGAACAGGAGAAGAAACGUCGAGAGCAGGAGGACCAGAUGUAUCGGGAGCGCCUACGGACUCUCUUCUUCAUUGGUCUCAUCUUGAGCUUGCUGAACUCCAUUAACAACAGCGGUGGUAACAUCUCUUGGAACGAUUUCGUCAAUGAGAUGUUGGCCAAGGGGGAAGUGUCCCGAGUUCAGGUCGUUCCUGAAGGUGAUAUUGUGGAAAUUUACCUUCACCCUGGAGCUGUCAUCUUCGGAAGGCCUAGAUUAGCUCUUAUGUACAGAAUGCAAGUUGCCAACAUUGACAAAUUUGAGGAGAAGCUGAGAGCUGCUGAAGAAGAACUGAACAUUGACACAAAGGACAGAAUACCAGUCUCCUAUAAACGUAGUGGAUUCUUUGGAAAUGCACUUUAUGCUCUGGGGAUGGCUGCCAUUGGCGUGACUAUCCUCUGGUACAUCUUUCGUCUAGCUGGUAUGGGUGGCAGAGAGGGCGGCUUUAGUGCUUUUAAUCAGUUGAAGAUGGCCAAGUUUACUAUUGUAGAUGGCAAAUCUGGAAAAGGUAUAAGAUUUAAAGAUGUAGCAGGAAUGCAUGAAGCUAAAAUGGAAGUGAAGGAGUUUGUUGACUACCUGAAGAAUCCAGAACGAUACCUUCAGCUGGGAGCAAAAGUUCCCAAGGGUGCAUUGCUGCUUGGGCCUCCAGGCUGUGGGAAGACGCUUCUGGCUAAGGCUGUCGCCACCGAGGCCCAGGUGCCCUUCCUGGCUAUGGCUGGCUCUGAGUUUGUGGAGGUCAUUGGAGGUCUGGGAGCUGCCAGAGUUCGAAGUCUGUUCAAAGAGGCUCGUGCCCGAGCGCCUUGCAUCGUGUACAUCGAUGAGAUCGAUGCAGUCGGCAAGAAGCGCUCCACCAACAUGUCUGGUUUCUCUAAUACAGAGGAGGAACAGACUCUCAACCAGCUGCUGGUUGAGAUGGAUGGAAUGGGAACAACAGACCAUGUUAUCGUCCUCGCCUCCACUAACAGAGCAGAUAUCUUGGACAAUGCUCUGAUGAGACCGGGUCGACUUGACAGACACAUCUUCAUAGAUCUGCCCACUCUCCAGGAGAGGAAGGAAAUUUUCGAGCAACAUCUGAAGUUCUUGAAACUGAACCAACCAGCCAAUUUUUACUCACUGCGUCUGGCUGAACUCUCUCCAGGCUUCAGCGGUGCAGACAUUGCCAACAUCUGUAAUGAAGCUGCUCUGCACGCUGCCAGAGAGGGACACAAGUACAUAGAUACUCUGAACUUUGAGUAUGCAGUGGAGAGAGUUAUAGCAGGAAGCAUAAAAAAGAGUAAGAUUCUAUCUAAAGAGGAGCAGAGGGUGGUCGCCUUCCAUGAGUCUGGACACGCUUUAGUGGGAUGGUUACUUGAACACACAGAGGCAGUGAUGAAGGUGUCAAUCGCCCCACGUACUAAUGCAGCCUUGGGAUUUGCCCAAAUCCUGCCUCGUGACCAGUACCUCUUCACUAAGGAGCAGCUGUUUGAGAGGAUGUGCAUGGCUCUGGGAGGGAGAGCUGCCGAGGCUAUCACCUUUAAUAAAGUUACAACAGGAGCUCAGGAUGACUUGCGUAAAGUGACACGAGUGGCCUACUCUAUGGUGAAGCAGUACGGCAUGUGUGACAGUGUCGGCCAGGUGUCUUUCCCGGAAACUGAGGAGCAGGGUGCCGUUGGGCGUCGGCCUUUCAGCCAGGGUCUGCAGCACCAGAUGGACCACGAGGCUAAGAUGUUGAUAGCCCGUGCUUACAGGCACACAGAGAAGGUGCUACUGGACAACAGAGACAAACUGACUCUGUUGGCCAACGCGCUGCUAGAGCGGGAAGUGGUGAACUACGACGACAUCGAAGCCUUGCUGGGUCCACCGCCCCACGGGCCGAAGAAGAUGAUCAUCCCACAGAGUUGGCUGGAGGCUGAGAGGGACAAACAGGACACGGGAGAGGACGAACCUCAGCCGCCUCCUCGCAAACGUACUGAAGAAGACGUUAAUCCGCAGCUGGUCUGAUCUCAAAAUGCGUGUAUUGCUUUCAUGCGUGGGGGUGAAUCGGACAAAACUUUGAACUGAUCCCUCACCUUAAAGCUUUACAGGGUUGAAACUGAUUUGUAAAGUUGCAUAAAACGCUCAAACUGAUGCAGGAGUUUAAUGCAGUUUUGCACUUGUUCGCUCACCCGGUGUGAAACAGGUCCGAACAAGUUAGUGCGGCUUUUAACACCGUGACGAUGAGUGAUUUAGGAAGUCAUUUUUCUUUGUGCUUAUUGCAUAGCCACAUAAUGAUCCAAUGAAAGCUCCAGUAAAGGCCUCUUUAAACAGGAUGUCUGUAACCAGGAGUGCAGAUCGUCUAGAAAAGGCCUUUAAUUGUCACGCUCGCAUGUGAAGCCAACAAUUUAGUGCUCUGCUUUAGAAUUCCCCAACACCAUGUAAUGAUAGCUCAGUCUAAUGUGGAAUCUUUCUACAGAGACAUGACAUAAACAG